AUCAUAACCAGUUCGAGCGGGACUGGACGCGUCUCGUAGGCACUGCAGUAACAACACUGGCCAUGCUGCAGGAUCCAAGCUAUGCACAGUGGUCGCCCGUAGCAUGUGCGUUUCACGUGGGCUGUGGAAAUGCGUGGUGAUCUUGGUCCAACCCCACUACUGGCACAUUCUGCAGUUACUUUGGAUCCAUCAGCGGGGACGCAAAUAUUUCAUUACAUGUCCCUCCCAAGGAACAUGUAUACCCUUUCUUCGGACUUCCCUAGCUGUCUCUCUGCACCCGAUUUCUUUCGGUGGUCAAACGGGGGCCGAGGUUUGAAUUGUCGCAAGACUACGUUUCAACUUGAACAAGGUAUCAAGAUAAGUACACGGCGGAUAAGCACAGUUGUGCUGUAUAGUCGUUCGCUUCACGAACCGCGGACAGCCUUCUCGAGGAUAAAACACAGAAGACCCGGAGCCAUGCCAAUACAAAUCAGUCCUUCAAUCAAAAUAUAUCGGUCGCAAUUUAACGAAAGGCGGUUACUCUCUGUCAAGCAUUGGCUAUCCAUAUUUCGGGCCUAAAAGCGAGAAUUAGGUAUCAGACAUGAAUGGUCAGGUAUGUCAGAUCAGAAACUGCUGUAAGUUCUCUACUUCUAUCUUUUAGUCCACAUGCGGCAAUAACCUUCAAGUUACAAACGGUCGUGGUGGGUUCUCCAGUCAGUUUACUUCCUGUCGACAUCGACACAGUAACUAUAGAACCAAUUCGAAAAUGCACAUGGAUGAUUGCGCCGAGCUAUGAUUUGACAGCA